GGCGCUGCGCAGCCAAACAGCCCCCGGAUUUUCUUGCUCAAACCCUCUUUGCUAGCAACGGCACCGGUGGGCGGUGGGAUAAUUUAUCGCGCGUCUCCUCGGGGGAGCCGGAACCCUAGCCCUCUCCGCCGGCGGCGAUGUAUCCGGCGGGGGCCGUGGUGGGGGCGGCGCCCGCGGCGGCGCCGAACGCGGCGUCGCGGGUGGACAAGGCGACGAGCCACCUGCUCAUGGGGCCCGACUGGGCCGUCAACCUCGAAAUCUGCGAUAUCAUCAACGCCGACGUCUGGCAAACAAAGGAUGUGGUAAAGGCAGUGAAGAAACGAUUGCAGAACAAGGACCCAAAGGUUCAAUUCUAUGCUUUGACGCUUUUGGAGACAAUGAUGAAGAACUGUGGCGAAUAUGUUCAGUUCGAAGUUUCUGAACAGCAUGUUCUGCAAGAAAUGGUUAAAAUUAUCCAGAAGAAGAAUGAUAUGCGAGUAAGGGAUAAGAUAUUGUUACUUUUAGACUCCUGGCAAGAGGCAUUUGGUGGACCUGGAAGUAAAUACCCGCAAUAUCAUUGGGCAUAUCUUGAAGUAAAGCUGUCCAUUCCCAGGACGCUCAACCAACUGAGCAAAAGAGAAAGUGAACAGACGACAGGUGUGGUGUUCCCAAGACGUCCUAUAGAUGCCCCACCAAUAUUUACUCCUCCUGCUACACAUAAUUCUCAAACCUAUGGUUCACCCAGAUAUGUCGCGGGAAGUCUUAAUGACAGAAUGUCCUCAGAUGUUGAGACUCUGAGUUUAGGGGACUUGAAUAAAAUUCGAAAUGUGACAGACCUACUGAAUGAUAUGGUGCAUGCUUUGAACCCAUCUGAUCGUAUGGCUGUUAAUGAUGAAAUUAUCACAGAUCUUGUGACCCAGUGUCGCUCAAAUCAACAAAAGCUUUUGCAGUUUGUCAGUUCAACAGGGAACGAGCAGUUACUUAAGCAAGGACUGGAAAUAAACGAUCUCUUACAAAGUGUACUUUCAAAAUAUGAUGCCAUGGCCACUGGUACUCCUUUGGCGGUUGAAGCACCUGCGAGAGAGACAGUUGAGGUUCCUAGAGAGGCUCCUGCAGUAAAGCCAUCUGCACCUCCUGAACAUAUCAACGUUGCUGAUGAAGAGGAAGAUGAGUUCGCCCAGCUGGCGCAAAGGAAAAAUAAAUCUGUGGUAAGUAGCGAUGAUGCAUCAUCAAGCACUGGGGACCUUGCCCUUGUACCCAUUGAUCCAGCAGGUUCAGAGUCGUCAUCUUCUGCUGCAAGCAACGCAUUGGUUCCUCUUGACCCAGCUCCCAGCAGUAGCACUGAAUCUAAAGAGCUGGAUAUGAUCGACCUUCUAAGCCUCACCUUGUGCAGCCCUACUCCUGAAACUUCUACAGAUUCUUCAACACAGAAUCAAAAUGAACCUCAGCAACCUACAGUUACAAAUGGACAUCAAUAUCCUUCUGCUGUGAAACAAUAUCCUUCGAACUACCCUCAGACGACAAACCAGGUAUAUACUCCACAAAACAGCAAUUACGUUUCAACUUGGGCCCACACAGGAGCAUAUCCAUCUCAGCCUCCAGCAUAUGCAUCUGGCUAUCAAGCAGCACCAUGGGCGUCUACUCCUGCAACAGUUGAUUCUAAUCCUUUCCUUUCGGCCGCUUACCAAGAGCCACUACACUCGCCUGUUGCUUCCACCGCCCAAACUACCACCUAUGCACCUCUCCCAGUUUCAUAUGCCUCUCCAGUGCCUUAUGGACCCCCUGCAACCUCCCAGCCAAUUCAACAUUACAAUUCUGUGGAUUAUCCACCAACCAAUGGACUGACUGCGACUCAAGCUCAAAUGAAUGGGAAUCAACAACCAAAAGCUUCUUCUGCAGUGGCUAACAAACCAUACUACAUACCUGGUAAUUUAUUCAGUGAUUUGAUUGACCUGAAGGGUUUCAGUGGUGGAAAUAAGAUGGGUGGGCCCACUAGUAUGGGUAGCUCAAAUGGUGGUCAACCUAUGAUUGGUGGAAAGAAAUAGGUUUGUGUCAAUAUGACUGGUGGUGAUCAGUAGUUUCUUUUCUUGAUAUCUAUCUCUUGGGUUCGAUGUACAUUUGCUGUAUAUCACCGUUCCCUCGUUUGACAUGUUUGGUAACAUUGGUUGAUUCGUGGGUGCUACUGUUAAGUUAAAAGAGAGAUGUAGACGAUUGUUCAUGUAUAUAAAUGAUUAACAUA